AUGUUGCUGUACACCAAGGAACUCGUGGCCCCGCGUCCAAAUGGUGGCCAAGGUCUGCUCCGCUUCAAGCAGAAUUUGCUGAAGAAGAAGGUGCUGAAUCGUCUGACUGAUUCACUUGCCAACUCCACCAUCCACGGAAUGCAGAAUGUGUUCACAGAGAGGCAUUUCUGGGUGCGCUGCAUGUGGCUGUGCAUCGUAGUGGGGGCGGCCGUCACCUGCUUCAGCCUGUACUCCGUACUGAUGCAUCGCCACAGCGAACAGCUGCUGGUCAGCCUGAUAGACACCACCCAGAUGCCAGUAUACCACAUCGACUUCCCGGCGGUGGCGAUCUGUCCCUGGAAUCAUGUCAACUGGUUACGUACUCCAGAUGCCGUCCUGCGAUUCUUGCCCCGUAAUCCUGAUGCCGAGCUAAUGGAAACAUUCCGCCAGUUUCUCCUUGUCCUGGAGCAGACGACCUUUGUGAACUUCAACAAAGCGCAUAACUUGUCCAAGCGCAAUCUUACUGCGCUGGAAUCGUUGAAUGUGAGAACGGUGAUAAACUAUUUGUCCCAUCGCUGCGACGAACUGUUCGUCCCGGACUCCUGUGUCUUCGAUGAGACGCCGUACGACUGCUGCAAGCUCUUUGUGUCGGAACAAACCGAGAAGGGGCAGUGUCUGGUCUUCAACUCGCUCAUCUCUGAACACUCGCGCAAGAAGCAGCUCACCAACAAGUUUUACCCGUACAAACUGAGCACCGCUGGCGAAGAGUCGGGUCUGAAGUUCACUAUUAACCUGAAUGAAUCCUAUCUUAGAGCUGGCACAAAACUCCCCUAUGGAAUGAGUCUCAUGAUCAAGGAGCCCCGUCAGUGGUCAAAUAAUAUGGUUUAUCACCUCCAUCCGGAAACUGAGAACUUUGUGGCAGUGCAUCCAAUGGUCACCGAGACGUCUCCGAACACAUACGAGAUGAGUCCCAAGAAGAGACGGUGCUACUUUGAUAACGAGAAAAACCCUCAUUACCAGGACACGACAUUGGUCUACAAUCGGGAAAACUGCAUUGUUGUGUGCCUUCAUCAGGCAGUGAUAAAAGCCUGCAACUGCUCGACACCAGUUUUCCUCCCACCCAUAGAGGGCAUUCGUGAGUGCGGAAUCUUGGACGCGAAAUGCCUCAGUCUCAACGCCGAUAUCUUCAGCUAUGUAAAGGUGGGCGACCAGGAGAAGUACAUAAACGACUGGCGACGCGGUCACACCUGUCAUUGCCCCGACAAUUGCAGCUCUCGAAAAUACCAAAUGACGGUCAACGUCCGGAAAUUGGAUUACGAUAAAAACCAGACCAACAGAGUAAUUAAGGCACAGAUAUAUUACGGCCAGCGAGUGAUGACCAAAAUCGUGACCAAACUCAAGUACACAAGUCUCGAUUUGAUGGCCCACUUUGGGGGUAUCAUAAGUCUUUAUAUUGGCGCCUCUGCAAUAAGUUUCGUCGAGCUCUUUGUCGUGCUGGGAAAGCUGCUGUGGACACUUAUCAGAGAGGGAUACUCAAAGGCAAAAGAGUGGAUUAUUUAACUGAUACUGAUACGAUUACAUAUAUGUAUUUACUCUGCUCCUUGGUAACAACUAAAAACAUGAGAGUGGAAAAAGUUA